AUGAAUGAGAAGCCCCCCAACACUACCAGCCUUUUCCUGAACGAGGAAGCCGACAAGCCCCCCCUCCCCAAACGAGGCCUCUGGCGGCGGCUACGUAGGGCCAUGCAGAAGAAAGCGGCCUGCACCAAGGACAGGAUGAGCACCAUCACUAAGGAGAACGUCAAGGGCUUCCUGAGACGCAACCUCUUUGUCCUCCUCACCAUCGCAGCAGUGGCUCUGGGCAAGUGGACGAGAUACUCUCUUACUGUCUUACUAGGUUUAGGGCAAAGGUUAAGGUGGGGUUAAAGGUUAGGGCUAAGGUUAUGGGUAGUUUGUUGAUAGUUAAAACAAUGUUAAUAAAAAAAACGAUAUUAAUUGCAGGAUUAUUACACAGGUAUAUGAGCUGUAGCCCUAGGUAAAGAAGUCUGUGUCGAGAAUACUUGAAAUACAGUAUUCUUCAUCAAUGCACCAGCCUUUAAAUCAUGUCCCCUGUCUGUGUGUCCAGGUGUCAUGCUGGGUUUCGCCCUGCGGCCCCACAACCUGACUCUCAGGGAGAUCAAGUACUUUGCCUUCCCUGGAGAGCUGCUGAUGAGGAUGCUGCAGAUGCUGGUUCUGCCUCUCAUCAUCUCCAGCCUGGUCACAGGUAGCUGGUCACAGGACUUCUGCUUUAUUAGCAUCAUUAUUUGCAUUUAUGUAUUGCUUUUCUCAAACUCAAAAUGAUUUACAUUUUAUGGUGAUCUCUCACCCCUCAUGUAAGCUACUAUUUUCCAUACUAAGCUACUAUUUUUCACCCUAAUACUACUUCUUGCUGUUUUGAGUUUCAAAGUUAGUUGGUACAGUGGAAGUACCUAGAGUAUUCAUGAGAAAAUAAUGAACCUUGUCUUGCAGGUAUUUCCUCUCUGGACAGCAAAGCGUCUGGGAAGAUGGGAAUGCGGGCUGUGGUUUAUUACAUGGUGACCACCCUCAUCGCUGUCUUCAUUGGCAUCGUCAUUGUGAUUGUCAUCAAACCAGGGAAAGGCCAUAGGGACAGCCCAGUGGCCUCUAGCGGUACCAUAGAGCCGGUACAAGCAGCUGAUGCUUUCCUGGAUCUCAUCAGGUGAGUAACUGCUGAAUGAUCUAAAUGACGGUGUCAAUAUGCGGUAUAUCAUUUAUUGGCCUUUAUUCACCAUUGUUUAUCUUUCAGGAACAUGUUCCCUCCUAAUUUGGUGGAAGCCUGUUUCAAGCAGGUAAGGGAAUUCACUUCAACAUGAUUGAUCAUGUUGCCGAUUCCCAAUACACUGAGUUAAAAUGCUUACUCACCAUUACAGUAUGUUGUUGAGGACUGAUACUCUUCACUGCUACAAUAGAUUUUUUUUUACAAGAAUAUAUGUGUUAUAAAUGCACUGUCUUCCUCAGUACAAAACGGUCUACAAGAAGACCAUCCACACGAAGAACGUGACUGUUGCACCCAGUCUAACUGACUCCCUCAACACUACAGAGGCUGCCUUGGCUGUUAACAUGAGCAGAGUGCUGCAGACCAUCCAGGUGGGUGAUACAUAUUAGUGGUGGAUGGGGUGACUUACCCUGAAGUCCUAUGGGGAAAAAAGUGCUACAGUUACUUUGGAUAAAUGUGAAUGUAAAUGUUAUGUGGAUGGUUGUUCUGCUCCUGCUCCAGGAGACAGUGGUAGAGAUGAUCCCAGUGUCUGGUUCCUCUAAUGGGGUGAACGCCCUGGGUCUGGUGGUGUUCUCCAUGUGCUUCGGCCUGGUCAUCGGCAGCAUGAAGCAACAAGGACAGGCUCUCAGGGACUUCUUCGACUGCCUCAAUGAAGCCAUCAUGCGCCUGGUGGCCAUCAUCAUCUGGUUAGUAGUCAGAUUAGUGGUCACAAAGUAACAUGUUAAUGAACUCUUACGUGCCUCUACCAUUACUUCUCACAUAUAUCUCUCAAAACAGUUGCUUUUGGUGGAAUUGUUGUAAUAGGUGAGAGUGUAGGCUAUCAUACAACUACCUCUGUCUUUCUCUCCCUUCCUCCCUCUCUCUCCAUCAGGUACGCUCCAGUGGGCAUCCUGUUCCUGAUAGCAGGUAAGAUCGUGGAGAUGAAGAAUCUGGCCGAGGUGGGAGGUCAGCUGGGGAUGUACACGGUGUCUGUCAUCGUGGGUCUGCUCAUCCACGGCUUGUUUGUCCUGCCCCUGCUCUACUUCCUGGUUACCAGGAAGAACCCCUACACCUUCAUCGCUGGCCUGCUGCAGGCCCUCAUCACAGCACUGGGAACAUCCUCUAGGUGGGUGUAUGAACUGACUCAGGGUCAGAGGUAGCUAAUUCACUGCCCUGGGAACAUCCUCUAGGUGGGUACAUAAACUGAUCUAGGUGGGUACAUAAACUGAUUUUGCAAUUCCUCUAGUUGGAUGUAUGAACUCAUGAACUGAUUCAGGGUCAGGCUAAUUCAUUUCCCUGGGGCCAUCCUCUAGUUGUUGUUUGGACUAUUAUGAUCUCACAACAUCUUCCAUUAUCUACCUCUACUGCCAUAGCUCUGCCACCCUGCCCAUCACCUUCCGCUGUCUGGAGGAGAACAACCGUGUGGACAAGAGAGUGACACGCUUCAUCCUGCCCGUGGGUGCCACCAUCAACAUGGAUGGCACUGCCCUCUACGAAGCCGUGGCAGCCAUCUUCAUCGCCCAGGUCAACGACAUGGAACUCAACUUUGGCCAGAUCCUCACCAUCAGGUCAGUCUAAAGACACUAUCUGAUAAGCCACAAUGCUAUCAAUGUGCUAUAGAAUGGAAUAGAAUAAAACUGUAUUGUCCAUCCAGGAUGGACUUUUUUCUUUGGCAUCACCUUACAUUAAAAGGAUCACACACACAUACGUUCUCACAUCACACACAUUUAAAGUAGUCAGUCCAUCAUACUGCAUACACUAAAAACAUAGAGGACAUUGAUACGUACAAUUUACGUUGCAUUUAGUAGUCCAACAUCACACUCAACGAAUGAAUGUUUGAACACGUUAUUCUUGGCCAUGGGCAUUCUGAAGUGCCAGCCAGAGGGAAGCCUCUCGAACUGAGGGUGUAGAGGUUGGGAGGGGUCGCCAACGACAGACAGUGCCUUCCUUUAGCCUUAUGGAACAGACUGCUCAAAUGUGCCUGUGGUCGACCAGUUACUUUGCUGGCUGUGUUUACUGUUCUGGUUAGUUUGCUUUGGCUCCUCACGCUCAGAUUGCCAUACCAGACUGUCAUAUUGAACGUGAAGAAGCUCUCUACCAGACUGCUGUACACCCUCUCCAGAACAUCCUGGCUGACCCCAAACCCCUUCAAUUUCCUGAUUAAAAACAGGCGCUGGCUUGCUUAAAAAAAAAUACAGUCUGCAUUCUCUGUAAAGCUCAACUUGUCAUCAAUUUGUGUCCCUAAAUAUUUGAAACACUCAACCACCUCCACUGGUUGGUCAUUCAGAGAGAGUGGUUGGGACAUUGGUAGGUUGUUGCCAUUGAUGAUCAGCUCCUUUGUCUUGUCCACAUUGAUGUGGAGGGCACUUGACCGGCAGCAUUAUUGAAAGUUGUUGGCCUGUUUAAAAUAGCUGUCCCCAGCUGACUUAGCAUCUUUUUAAAAUAGUCCCACCAGAGCCAUGUCAUCUGCAUACUAGUGUAGAUAGAGAACAACAACCGUGAAAGGACACAUCCCUGGGGCGCCCCUGUGUUCAGGGCCAGUUCAUCAGAGAGGGCCCCAUUCAUAAGAACCCUCUGUGGGUGGUCAGCUAAAAAGUCCUUGAUCCAAUCUGCAGGCCUCCGUUGCCCUUCAACUAUCAGACCUAUGAAGUCAAGUUCAUUUGAUCUAAUCUUACUGUAAAAUCAUGGUAAAGGCUAAAUCAGCUAAUUUUAUGUCCACAUUAGUUGGAGGAGAGAUAAGAUUGAUUUUGUGGUCUUUGCCGAACUCCUCCAUGUUAUUGGCUUUCUUCUAUUGACUUCUCUACCCAAGACUACUCUACUGUGGAGUGUUGAUUUAUACAUCUCUAUAUCCAUAUCACUCUCCACCGAUUCCCUAAUUCAAUGUGUGUGUGUUUGCUUCUGUUAUUAAAUGGCGCUGUCGCCACCUCCUCCACAGUAUCACAGCAACAGCUGCCAGCAUCGGCGCAGCAGGCAUCCCACAGGCUGGUCUGGUUACCAUGGUGAUCGUAUUGACAUCGGUGGGACUGCCCACAGAGGACAUAACGCUGAUCAUCGCUGUGGAUUGGUUCCUGUAAGUCUGCCUAAAUGUCACUAUGAGGCCGCCACCCCACUAGAACAGAGAACAGGUCCCUCUGAAAGGUUAUUGAUGCAUUAUGCACAUCAGAUUAUUGUAAUUAAUUAAGUGUUUACAACCAGCCCUAUCUAAUGUUGUGCUGUGGUGUUGUAUUGUGUUGUGUACACUUUCUUGCAUGUCUCAUAACUUGAUUUACAAAAAAUGGUUGGAAAUCCUUUUUGAAUACAUUUAGGGUUGAUUACUUGUGGGUGGAUUACCCCAAAGACUGCCUUGUGUUUAUGUGUGGCUACGCAGGGGUUGAGACCCUGAGGGAGCGUGUGUGUGAGUAUGAAUGCGUGUGUGCGUGCACGGUGUGUGUUUGUGUGUGCGCUAUAUAAUGUGGGUGUAUCUCUGCAGGGAUCGCCUGAGGACCACUACCAACGUGCUGGGGGACUCUCUCGGGGCAGGCAUCGUGGAGCACCUGUCUCGCCAGGAGUUGCAGAGCCAGGAUGUUGAGAUUGGAAACUCAGUGAUUGAAGAGAAUGAGAAGCCCUACCGGCUCAUCUGCCAGGAAAACGACUCAGUGAAGCACCGCAACAGUGAGACCCCCAUGUAG